AUGGCUGGAAUCCAUGCUGAAACUCUACCAAGUUUCUCCCCUCCGGGAAAUGUCGAUGACUUAAGUCCACAAAAUCGGACGGGGUGGUCGACUUCGAUGUCGGACUGGAUAGACCUUGAAAUCCAGAGAGGUACAGGUAGUGGAAGCCCCUUGACUCAAUUCUUCAAUGGCACAGUCACAGCCUACAAUCAGAACCAAGCUGGUGCCACAAUCACUUGGACUGGCUUUCCAAACAAGGUUCGUCUGUUCUAUAUCUUGCAGCUGGUUCUUACCAUCACAAAGAUUGCCAUAGCCGAAGGAGAUGAUGACGUGAGGCGAUGGAGAGCAGCGGAUGCGACCCGCGAUGUACAAGACGAGUACCUAGAGUGGUCUCUUAUUCGUAACAAUGCCGGCAACAUCGUUCGGGUGGUCUUUACUUGCGAAGGCCCAGAAUAUUGGAAUUUCUUCGUUGCUAAGGAGAGGGAUGGUGCGGUCGAGACGAUCAAGUCCCUGAAUCAGCCGUUGCUUGAUGAUGUACCCAAGAGUAGCUUCUUUUGGCCCAAUCAAUCCGACCCCAGCAACGAGUCCAAAUGGAUCUACAACCCCAGAAAUCAGUACAAUAACUCAACGGCAAGUGGAACGAUUACGCAUCUUGUGCAGGGUGCCAAUACACUGCGCGCCGAGAUCAACAUCGCGGCACAAGCAACGAUUCUACGCAAGACGGCCUCAGGUAACCCAGUUACAAACUCGGACCGACUCAUUCGCUGCUCAGGAUUCGGUGACCCUGAUCGAAACUCAGAUCCCCGUAUUGGUUACGGUAUCAACCAACUCGCAUCUCAGGGCAACGCAGUUUCUCUCAAAGACCCGGUCGCAAUAUACAUAACCGAUCUGGAUACGGGGACCUUGAAACUGGAUCGUUACGGGGACACAAGCCGUCUGGAGGAUAUUCCCGAGGGGACAUUCACGUUUCAAAGGGGAGACAUUACCAAGCAGCAGGGGCUUCGUUUGCGUGUACAGAUACCGGACGGGGAGAAAGCUCCGGAUGGGAGACAGCUCACUGUCAGCGACAUUUACGAUACUAAGACCCAACGACACAUUGACUUUGGAGCUCAAAUUGCCGACUACAUCAAAGUUGGAGUGCACGGCGUGGUCAUCGGGGGAGUCCAGGUCGCACCAAGAGAAUUCUGCCCACCGUUCGACACUGCCAAUACUUCGUUCAUGGAUAUGGUGCCUCAACUCAAGGCCGCGAUCACAAAGCAAGCCUCACCUCACAAUCGGGUUACAAACCUUAACAUGCCACGGAAGAUUGGAACGAAGGCAGAUGCUGGGCAUAAGUAG